GCUGUUGGUGAAGUUUGUUUUUGGUCUGAUCAAUAACGGCAUUAAAGUUUUCCGUACAUCUUUCUUCUUCAUUCCUCAUAACAGUUAUCCCAAGGUGUUUUAUUUUUUGUUUUGUCUGUUAUUUCAUGUUUAACCGGAGUGUUACAGACUUGAGGAGAGCUUCAUUCUUCAGUUUGACCUGAUGCAGCUGAAUCCACAUGAAUCAUGUUGACAGCAGUGGGAACUUAAUGAAGAUCUUUCUGUCUGCAGGAUGAAUCCCUUCAAACCGGACAGCGAACGCUCACCUAGAAAACAGUGAGUUGUGUCUCUGCUGCUGUCAGAAGUGAGUUUAGCCUCAUUAGAAGAAAGAGGAGAUGUGAAGCAUGCAGCUCUUCCUGGCUCUCUUCUUCCUGCUGGGAAUCCCCAGCGGGGCUCCAGAAAUUCACUCUCUCAAGUAUUUCUACACUGGAUCCUCUCAAGUUCCAAACUUUCCAGAGUUUGUUAUGGUUGUUUUGGUGGAUGAACUUCAGAUUGAGCACUACGACAGCAACACCAGGAGAUUGGUUCCCACACAGGACUGGGUCAAUGAAGCAGUAGACUCACAGUUCUGGGACAGAAACUCGAAUCUCGCUCUGGAACAUCAGCAAUGGUUCCAACCAAACAUUGAGCUCCUCAAGCAGCGCUUCAACCAAACUGGAGGUGUUCAUAUUCUCCAGAAGAUGAUCGGUUGUGAAUGGAACGAUGAAACUGAUGAAGUGAACGGAUUUCGACAAAUUGGUUACGAUGGAGAAGAUUUCAUUGUUCUGGACCUGAAGACAGAAACAUGGAUCGCUCCAGUUCAACAGGCUGUUCCCACCAAACACAAGUGGGAAAAUAACAAAGAGGUGGAUCAGUGGAAGCACUACCUGACCCAGAUUUGUCCUGAUUGGCUGAAGAAGUAUGUGAAGUUUGGUUGGAGCUCACUGAUGAGAAAAGAUCUUCCCUCAGUGUCUCUCCUCCAGAAGACUCCCUCCUCUCCGCUCACCUGCCACGCUACAGGUUUCUACCCCGACAGAGCCGACUUGUUCUGGAAGAAAGACGAGGAGGAGCUCCAUGAGGACGUGGUCAGAGGAGAGAUCCUCCCCAACCAUGACGGGAGCUUCCAGAUGAGCGUUGAUCUGGAUCUUUCAGGGGUCAAAGAUGAAGACUGGGGGAGGUGCAUUUGUGUGUUUCAUCUGGAUGGAGGACAGGAAGUCUCCAAGAGACUGAACAAACGGGACAUCAGGACCAACUGGAAGACAAAUGAUGGAGGACUUUCUCCUGGAGCUGUUGCUGGAGGAGUUGUUGCUGCUCUGCUCCUCCUGAUCGGCUGCAUCAUUGGACUCUUCAUUUACAAGAAGAAACAACCUCAAGGGUUCAGAGCCACUAACACCUCUGAAACUUCCUGAUGAAGACAUCAGGAGAAGAUCCAUCCUUGAAGAAAGGGAGCAGUGAGGAGCUGAGCAUGUUAAAAGGCAGAAAGAAAUGAUGGAGAAGUUGCUGAUUGCUCCACUGUGAGCUGCUCUCCAGGACGGGGCUCCUUCCUCCCUGUGGAUUGACUUUGCUUUGGUGGAAUAUUGUUACAGCUUGAGCCAAAAGGUCUUCACUAGAUUAGAACUGAUGUGUUGAGCGAGUUUCUCUCCUCCUCUGAUUUCCUCCUGACUAAACUAUUGAUCUGCUUCAUUCACUUGUUGCUUCUCAUCACUUCCUUCUGAUCUUUUCUUGGUUUUCAUCUGAUCUCAGAUGGUGAAAUGUUUUGGACUUUGCUUCAUACUGACAGCAGAAACCAGGAGCUUUUUCCUUUAUGGUGUCAGUUCCUCAGAGGACUUUUAGAGCUGCUUUCAUCACAGCUUUUGCUCUUUCAGACAUAUUUAUUCUGAUUUUUCAGCCUCUGAAUAAAUUUCUCCACAGUC